CGUGCGGUCGAGUGGCCAAUGAGCAUAUGUCUAUGGUUUUAACUGUCAUGCAAAUCUAACUUUGUCGAAUGUGAUUUUAUGAAAAUAAGGAUUACGUUUAAUCAAAACAUGACGAAAAUGCCGCUUUCAAACUGAAAGGCAACAAAACAUGUCAAUAUGGCUGCUUGCGUGAGUGAAAACGAUUCAGAUAAAAAACUGGAAUUCUUUUUAAAUGUACCCUUCCCAUGUGAGAGAGAGGCAGCUAUCGCCCUGCAGUCUUUAUCUCCUGAUCCUGAGCCCAGGAAAGGAGGAAUCACUAAAAACCUGGAUGUUACAGGACACACACUAUCUGUGAGAUGGACUGCGGAUGAAGCUCGGAUUCUUCGGGUUUCUGUAAGUUCAUUCUUGGACCAUUUGUGUCUAGUGAUGGAAACUAUGGAUGCAUUCGGACCACCUGUUUCAUAAUGACAAUUUGAGAGACAAUUCAAGCAUAAGAGGAGAAAUGUGGACGCAGAUGCUGUUUGCACUAUGUUAGGAGGACGUCCAAGAGAAACAUCUGCUGCCGUGUCUUUAUCUUGGACUGCGAAGGCUUAAAAAGCAUAAAAUAAUGUGCUUUUGCUCAUGUCUGAAGACAAUUGCUUUGAGUUGUUAAAUGAAAUAUUUCACCAAAAAGUAAAAAUGUACUUAAUAACUCGUCCUCAGACCAUACAAGAUGCAUAGUUUUUAUAUCAGAAAAUAUUUGAACUGACCAAUGGAUCCUCUGCAGUGAAUGGGUGCCGUCAGAAUAUUUUCCAUAUUAUGGCCAUAAAUGAAGGUUUAAAGUUUAAAACACCUUAAUGAUCAAUUUGUUUAUUACAAACAUGGAGCUUUUCACAUUACAAAUAGUUAAUUGUUGGACUGGAAUCAUGUGGAUUUUUGUAAUGUUUUCAUCAGCUGUUUGGACUCACAUUCUGACGGCACCCAUUCACUGCUGAGGACCCACUGGUAAGCAAGUAAUGGAAUGCUAAAUUUCUCCAAAUCUGUUCUGAUGAAAAAACAAAUUAAUAUGGCCUGUGGUCGAGUAAAGUUUUAGCAAAUUUUAUCUUAUUUGUGAACUAUUCCUUUAAAGUUUAUCAGUGUAAAAGAAACCAAAACAAACCAGUUUUGUCAUUUGAAUAAAGAUUUAUUAAUGAAG